AUGUCCUCACCUCCGGAAAUCGACUAUGUCUGGACCCCCACAACCGCAACCCGGUGGGAACGGCCCCUCGACGAAGCCGAGCAGUUCUACACCUCGCUCGCCAAAGCCCACGAGGCCACCGGCCGCGUCUUCUUCGCCAUGACCGGCGCGAUCUCCUUUUCCCUUCCCAUGAACGGGACGGGCCGCGCUGAUACGGAGCGCAAUAUGGUGGACGCCCUGCGCCGGGCGUGGCUGCAGCUGCGCUACGACCAACCGACCAUCGCCGCGCGGGUGGAGUAUGCUCCGCCCCAGGGGCGGUGUAAGAAAGUGUACGAGACGUUCUCGGACGCGUACACGCCGGCGGACUGGCUGGGCGAGACGUUUCAGGUCGUCGACGCGGGCGUCACGGGGCAGGAGUGGUGUAACUCUGACCCGCCGGUGCCGGAAUUGCCGACGCUGUUUCUGAUUAAGGAGGAUUCAGGCCCGCACGAGUCGGAAGGGCGCGUGCGCGCGACCGUGGUGCUCAGGGCGCGACAUGAUAUCAUCGACGGGAUGGGGACGCUGAUGCUGUUCGAUAAUCUUUUCCGGCAUGCCGCGCGGGCGUAUGAGACCGGGCCCUCCGGGUAUGCACCACCGACGUUUGGCGGGGAGUGGGUGAACCUGAGUCCACCGCUUCGGGUGGCAGCGGGGAUCCCGGCGCGAUUGAGCUCGGCGCAGGAAGCGCGCAUGCGAAAGAUUUUGGAGUUCAAUGCAACCCUCAAAAAAGGGGCGGUGGAGAUCGCCAGUGUGCCGUUCAAUAGGCAAGCAAGCCUGCCGGGGAGGAAUCAGAGAGUGGCAAUUACGCUGUCCGCGGAGACGACCGCGCGCGUGCUGGCGGCGUGCAAGGCGGCGGCGCUCAGCAUCACGCACGCCUAUCACGCUGCUAUCGCGCUCGGUGUGCGGGACCUCCAGGAGCGGCAGCCCGCGGCGCGAGUGGUUCGGUAUCUCAAUUACAGUCUUAUUAACGAGCGCGGCCACUGCGCGGCGCCGUACAGUACCGUCGCGCAUCCGGCCGCAGUGUACCACUCGGUCUCGGGGCGCGGGCUGGCGGUCGACCUGACUGUUCCUGCGUCGUCGGACUCUAUAGAUCCGGUCUCUAAAGAGACGAGGAGAAAGGAGUUCAUGGACACCGCGGGGACGAUCCGGGAUUUCUACCUUGACAUUCGUGAUGAUGCAGAGCAUAUCCAUCUUGUCCCCUCGUACUGGGCGAUGUCGACGAUCCCUUAUCCGGCCGGUGGGAAGACUCCACCGGUCCCGCCGCGGAAUGAGACGCCGUCUGUGUCGAUCUCCAGCAUGGGGGUUCUGGACCGAGUGGUCAGGCCGAAUCAAGGGAGCUUCGAGCUGGAGGAUCCUUGGGUGACGGGCGAGGAGUUGGGGACCGGCCUUGGGCUGUUUCUCGGAACAUGGAAGGGGAAAUUGACGCUGAGCGGAGCGUACAAUGACGCAUUCCAUGAUAAAGAGGAGGUAUUGGCGUUUCUGCGGCGCUGUAACCAGAGCACGCUGCAAGGUUUGAGCAUUGAGUAA